CCCACCUUCAACAUUCCCCCUUUAACAACCAAUCUCAGCUCAACUCUAUAUCCAUCACUAAUUCCUCCAUUUUUUUCACGCACUACACACACUACUAUUCAAAGAAAACACCUUUCAUUUUCAUCUUCUUUUUUUUUUCUUUUAUUCUUUCACAAAGCAAAUAAAAAAAAAUAAAGAUUAAUUAUGGGUUUUCCACUAGGCUACACUGAACUUUAUCUUCCUAAAUUACUCCUUCACGUUAUUAUAAUUUUGGGUUUCAUUAAAGAACUCAUUUGCACACUAUUUAAGCUUUUGGGCCUCGAGGAUUUUCUCGAGCCCGAAUUUUCAUACCCGACCCGACCCGAAUCAUGUUCGGAGCCCCGGUUUCACUCAUUGUCGGCGGCGUUGAUAAGGGAGAUAUUACCGGUGGUGAAGUACUCGGAGAUAAUGGACCCGCCGGAGAACUGUGCGGUGUGUUUGUACGAGUUCGAGUUGGACGAUGAGAUCAGACGGCUGAGGAAUUGUCAGCAUGUGUUUCAUCGGAGCUGUGUGGACCGUUGGAUGGAUCAUGAUCAGAUGACGUGUCCGCUUUGUAGAGCAGUUUUUGUACCAGAUGAUAUGAUGGAGGAUUUUAAUGAGAAGUUGUGGUUGGCUUCUGGAGUUUCUGAUUUUUAUGACGAGUAUUCAUCUAUUGCUGCUGGUUUGUAGUAGUCAUAAUAUUUUGUUUAAAUCUUUUUGUUUUUUCUGGUCGGGAUUUGAUCUAUGUUGCCUCGACUCUUCAAAAUAUUGUUGCAUUCGCAUCAGAUCCUUUAAAAAUGUACAAUUUUUAAACACACACCCGACAAUUUUUGAAAAGUACGAGCAAUAUAGAAUUUGAUAGUGUAAAAUAUACCAAAAUGUAUAUACUAUAAGAGAGAAAAAAAGUAAAAAGAAGAAAGGUUUUGUAUAGUCUGCAAUUUUUUGGGAAUGUGGAAUGAGAAUUGAUAGUUUUAUUUUCAAGCAAAAAUGAUAAUGUUUUAUUUAAUUAUCACAAAAUACUUAGGCGACUAGUUUGAAUUUGUAUCUAAGUUAAUAAAGUAUUGCUCCUAAUUGUUAAAUUUUUGUAGUAAAUAACCUUUUUGUUUCUUUUGUAACUGAUGCAAUUAAUCAUAGUACUCAUAAUGGUAAUUAAACUACAAUAAUGGUCAGUAAACGUUACAAUCUAUUCUUUUACUCAACUUAAAUUAUCAAUUUUAUUGGUUACUUUUUUUUUUUACUAUAAAUACUAAGUCAUAUCUUCUCCAUCACAUAACUCUCUUCUCUUCAUCUAUAAUUAUUCAUUUUUAUUGUCUCUUUUUUAUUUGAAGCUAUCUCUAUAGAAAGAUUUUUUUUUUUCUCUCUCGAAGGUUCUUUCAUCUUAAAUCUUUUGGCUGUUGUUAGUUAUGGAAUGGGAAAGAGAAGAACAUAUGUCGUUACAAGUAAUAGUAUUUGGGGAGUCAAAUACAAGCUUGAUGAAGCCGCUAUCAUCAACGAUGUAUGCAUAUUUUGUUACUCUUAAUCUGCCGCAGGCUUGUAAUUGUAGUGAGUUCAUAGGUAAUAGUUUUGCCUUU